AUGACCCAUUUCCCCGUCAACAUCGCCAGUGACAAGCAGGAAUUUGAUCCAGAGCGCUGGGCAAAGACGCCUACUACCGAAAGCAGUGUUAACGGCGAGAAUGGCACUGCUCCUACCUCUGGUCUUCCAUCUCGGCACCCCUCGACCGGAAUCUCCGUCCUCAUUGUCGGUGCUGGAAUGGGUGGACUGAUGACGGCGUUAGAAUGCUGGAGAAAGGGCCAUGAUGUUGCGGGAAUUCUAGAACGGAGUGAGGGACCUGUGUAUUCAGGAGAUAUCAUUGUCAUGCAGCCUUCUGCCGUAUCUAUAAUCCGGCACUGGCCCGACAUGCUCCAUGAUAUGAAAGCGGAGCAAGUCCACGCCGUCGUUAGCUACGAAACUCAUGAUGGACGGCACAUUUACGGCCCAACCGUCCCCUCGUUCAAUGACCCCGAGCACCUGGAAACACGCAAAGGUCCAUUUGUUGCCCCCGCUCAGGUUCGCCGGAAAUUCUACCGCAUGCUCCUGCGCCAGGUCGCAAGGUGCGGGCUCCGCGUUGAAUAUGGAAAGACGGUGAAGAGCUAUUUUGAAGAUGAAAAGGAUGGCAAGGGCGGCGUUAUAAUCGCAACAACAGGAGAAGCAGAGGUCAGAGUGGCUGAUAUCGUCGUUGCAGCGGACGGCCUCAAAUCUCCUUCAGAGAUAUUGAUAGCCGGUCAGCAUGUUCCUCCAAGAUCAAGCGGGCUGAGUAUCUAUCGCACUGCAUUUCCGAAAGAUUUAGCAAUGCAGAAUGAGCUCGUACGGAAGCGAUGGAGCGAUAGUCCACCCAUCUGGGAAUACUGGCUUGGACCGGGCAUGUAUCUUGGUGUCUUCGUCGGCGACGAUAUUAUCUCCUUCGGAUUCACGCCCCGUGAUGACAUCGUUGAAGGCACAGCCACUGAAUCAUGGGAGCCUGAUACAGAUCCCGAGACUGUGGCGCAGGCUAUGCUCUCCGGUGCAGGAGACUGGGAUCCCGCUGUGCUAGCGCUCAUUCGAAGCGCGCCGAAAGGCGCAAUUGUUCAUUGGCCUCUCCUCUGGCGGGACCUUCGCCGCGAGUGGACCUCACCUGCCGGACGGGUAGUGCAAGUCGGCGACAGCGCGCACAGCUUCAUUCCUACCUCAGGAAACGGAGGCUCGCAGGCCUUGGAAGACGCAAUCACGCUUGCAACAUGCCUCCAAUUAGCCGGAAGCUCGCAGCGUGCAUAUCUUGGGACCAAGAUCUACAAUCUUCUCCGGUAUGAGCGGGUCUCUUGUGCACAAAAAAUGUCGUUCGUGAAUUCUCAGCUGAAGACGGGCACGGACUGGGAUGCGAUCUGGAAGGAUCCGGCGAAGAUCAGGACAAGGUUUCCUAAGUGGAUCUUUCAGCAUGAUCCGGAGGCGUAUGCAUAUGAAAAGUUCGGCGAGGCGUUUGCGCAUUUACUUGAUGGGAGAGAGUUUGUGAAUACGAACUAUCCUCCGGGCCAUGAGUUUAGGGCUUGGACGGUGGAGGAGGUUUGGAGGAAUAUUGCAGAUGGGAAGAGAGUGGAGGAUUUGUUGGAUGGUGAUUGGUCUUAG